AUGGCGUGCGGUAAAUACCGUGUUCUCAGCCUUGGUGUUGGACUGAACUUGGCGCCCUACAGUAUGACCCAGUACAUCACCCACAAUAAGAUGCCCAAGCAUCCCGAUCUGCAGGCUGUUGAUUGCUACGGCUACGUGCACGCGGAGGGGACAAUCAAGUUCGAGCAAGACUUGCACGUUCUCCGGGAGAAGCCGCUGUCUACCGACAUCAAGUCGUGUAUUUUCUUCCUGUUUGAAAUUACGACAAAUGUUGAUGAAUAUCUUUUAAAGUGCAAAGCAGUGGUCUAG